AUGGAUGUCAAUGAAAAUGUGGACGACCUUUUUGAUUAUGAUGCUGGGCUGGAUGAUAUUCUUCGCCAAGUAGAGCAAGAUACAAACAAAACCACAGCUGCCAGCUCUAGUCAAGCCCAACCAAAUCCGGGGAAAGGGGUUCUUGGUAUUGAUGAUGAACUCCAAGUUUCGAGAAAGCGAGCGCCGGUAGCUCAACUUGAUGAAGCAAGGUUGUUAUCACAAGAUGGAAUUCCGAGGCUGCGGAAAAUGGCGAGAACAUCAUUGAAACUAAAGGGCAAAGGCCAUGAGUUUUCUGAUGCUGGGCGAUUGCUCAACUUUUACCGGCUAUGGCUGGAUGAGUUAUACCCUCGUGCCAAAUUUACUGAUACCCUGGCUACCAUUGAGAAACUUGGUCAUUCUAAACGACUCCAGGUGAUGCGGAGAGAAUGGAUUGAUGAAGGGAAGCCUAUGCCAGAGGUAGACGAUGAUGAUUUCCGAUUCGGCAAGGAACAAAACCUCCCUACACGAGAAAAGGAGAAUCAACAGGAUAGAACUCUCCCGAACCCAGAGGAGGAAGACCUUUUCAGGGAUUCUCCACAUCCGGAGACAACCUCAUCCACGAAGGGUGCUGUAAAGACUUUAUUCGGUGGGGACGGCAAUGGACAGAGCAGCGUGUUGAACACUACAUCUAUAGAUGACGAACUCUUCGAGUGGGAGUGGAAUGACAAGGUGCUAGGCGAUCCGCCUAAAGACAAUAUAGGCCAUGCCGGGACUAAUAAGGUCCCAGCCGGCUUCCCUGAUGAGGAAGAUGACCUUGAUCGACUACUAGCCGAAGAUGAUAAUGGGAUCAAUAGCAACAGCAUUCAUAAGCCAAAUGCCGAAGCGCCCGCAUCCAACGCAGUUGUAGACGAUUACGAGAAUGACUGGGAAGCAAUACUGUUCCUCCCCUCCCCCCUUUUUUUGUAG